UUUUACGAAGCUCAGUUCAAUUGCGGCAAGCGUUGUCAACAGACGUCUCUCCACAGCCCACUGUGCACUGCGCAGCUCUAUUCAACGGCAAGCUAACUCCGACGCAAGCGCAGCCAAUCGACAAAAGAAGAAUUUAGAAGUGAAUGCAAAUGAUGCAACGGCACACAAACAAAGCAGGAAAACAGUGAACAGACAAACUGAAGGAGAGAGAGAGAGAGGGAGAGAGAGAAACAGGUAGAUGGAGAGAGAAUAUCGAAAAUAUCAAAAGUUUACAGCUACCAAAGCCCUACUGUGCGUGUCGUGUCCGUGCUGCGCGCGUCUGACUGCGUGUGUGUGUGUGUAAUGAAGUAACAACGACAACAACUAUUCGAGCUCGAUCACAACAAAACGAAACGCAUCGAAAGUAAAACUUGGCGUCGCUCUCUCACACCCAAAAGCAGAAAACCAAUACCCGAAACACCAUUAAAAAGAAGAAAACAAAUACGUGAAGUCAAAAGAGUUAAGCGAAAAACGAACCGAAGCCGUGUAUUAGUUUUUAUUUUGUUUUUGUUUCUGUUUCUGUUCCCAUUCAUUUGUGUACUUGUGCGUAAGAGAGAGAGAGCGGGCGAGCGAGCGAAACAGCGACGAGAAAUAAUUUUGGCAUAAGUGCAGUUACAAAAGAAUGUGUCAAUGAUCUGGAGGACAGUAAAUUUAACAGAGAGCAUCUGCCGAAAUCCGUAAGUGCAGUUUUGGGAACUGAACGUGAGCAAAAUGUCCUUCAGGAUGAGAGAGGUGAAGGCGCUGUUGCGCAAAGACAUUAUUGUGCGCUGGCGCCAGAAAGGUCUCUCGUUGACGGUGAUAUUGUGGCCGUUGAUUGCAUUUAUGCUGAUAUAUCUAAUAAGGCUAAAGUACGGCUCAGAGCAGAUGGACGCAUGCCAGUUCCCCACUCGUCUGCUGCCCACCAAAAAUCAGGUUGUGCCCAGCGCCUUCUCUUACAUUUGCAGCAUAGAGAACAAGUGUCUGAACACCGAGCCGUAUGAGGAGUACUCCAAAUGGCAGGCAGCACCCUUGCAUUCGGUCAUUGAUAUAGUCAAUGUAUUCGUCACCGAUGAUCGAUUGUACAAUGCAAUCAUCGAGCUGCCGGAAAAGGCGAACUUUGUAAGCGCAGUCACUACACUCAUAACCAGUAGUCAUCUCAAUGUCAUUCGAAGUAAUAUUAGCCAAAUCGUUUCUUUGGUUCCCGAAAUUGAGCGCCUGAUGAACUACAGCUUUGAUGUCACAAAACUAUUUUCAAAUCGUGAAACGUUUGUGAAGCUGGGCGUUUUACUUUGCGGCCAUCCGUUUCCCAGCACGGAGAGCAUACCUCUGGUCAAUGAUAUACUGUACUCCGAGGAUUUCAGCGAAGUCAAUGACGAUGAGCUAAAGGCCAUGCCAAGUACGUUCCCCAAUAAAUAUUGGGCUGCCGUAUUUAUACAAACUCCUCUAUUCUCUCGUCUUACAGCCAAGUAUUGUAAGCGACUGUAUUUGGAUGUUACCUCAUCGAAUCAAGGCAAGCUUACCUGGAAUUUCAUCAAGCCAAUUAUACAGGGUAAAAUUUUAUAUACGCCACUCAAUGCUAAUACGGAGAGCAUCGUGAAAUUUACCAAUGCAACUUUCGAGGAAAUAGAUCGAGUAAAGAAUAUAUCACACGCAGCCGCAACCAUCCUCGACAAGCUGCACACGAAUGCCACAUUUCAGCAGGCCUUUGACAAUCUGCUGAAACUGGCCCGUUCGCCACUCGUUCAAAGCUUGGUUGGCAGUGAGUUCAAUGUGGAGGAGAUUGAGCGAAUUAUGAACUAUGUUCGCACCAAUGAGCUUAUACAUCAGGUUUUUACUACCGUUAGUGAUCUCAUGGAGUGCGUAUCGGCUAAUCGGUUUGAGGGGGUGACAAGUGUCGAGAAAUUGCAGCAUCGCGCCUAUGAGCUCAAUCAGCAGCGCCUCUUUUUGGCAGCGCUCAACUUUGAGGAUGUAGCUGGCCAGUAUAUAACCUACAGAUUACACAUGGACACGGACAAUACGCAGCCGACGUUCGAGAACAAAAAUCGGUUCUGGUUCCCGGGGCCAGCAUCAAGCAUGCUGGUGGAUCUCAAGUAUCAUCGUGGCUUCGUUCAGCUCAUGCAGAUGGUCGACCUGGCGAUUAUCAAGCAUAAGCGAAAGGAGCUGGGACCGGACGAGCAGCCGGAAACUGAUGAGAUCUCACGGCCCUCAAUCAGUUUGAAACGCGUUGAUGAUGAUGAAGAUCUCUUUAAUGAAGAGGAUGAGGAGAAGGGCGAAGAUACAGAUGACGAGAAUUCCAGCAGCGAUGAGGCAACUACGACUCUCGAUCCUGGAUCUGACGAGGUAGAAGUUACAGUCACCGAUGGGUCACAACCGCUAACAGAAACAUCAACCGUAAAUCCCGACUUUAAAUUCCUGAGCAAUGAUAAUUUAAUGAACUUCAAGUUGCCAAGCGGCUUUGAAAGCGCCCUCAGCCAAGCUUUAGCAGAUCCCAAGCUCAAUUCGGACUUCCGCGUAAGUCGGGUUAAGCGCCAGGGUCUCUUGGAUUUGCUCAGCAGCUUCAGCAAUAGAAAUGACAAUGCCCAUGGUAUUAAAUAUGACGUGGACGAGAUGCAGUUUUAUACCAAACAAUUUCCCUAUCCUGCCUAUGUGCGCGAUGACUUUAAACGCGGCAUAUACCUGGCUCAAGCCGUGCAAGUGUGCUUCUGUCUGGGCCUCGUCGUUGCCGUGGCCGUCUGCGUGCGAGAAAGGAUCUGGAUGCGUGAGAGCCGUAAUAGCAUGCUGAUGCGCUCCAUGGGUAUGCAUGCGCACUCAGAGCUGAUUGCUUGGAUAUUAAUGAGCUUCGCCGAGCUGUUCGUCAUAUUUGUGCUGGUCAGCCUUGUUCUCUACAUCGGCGGCAUUUUGGUCUAUACCAAUUGGUUCUUCAUGAUGUUCUAUUGCCUGGUCUUUAGCGCUUGUCUAAUCUCAUUCUGCUAUAUGUGCUCCAACUUCUUUAUAUCUGCCAACAUUGGGGCAGUCGCUGCGGCGCUACUAUUCUUCAUCACCCUCUGUCCAUUCAUCAUAGUACUGCUCUUCGACGCAAAGCUGAAUCUGCUGGAGAGCUUUUUUGUCAACUUGUCCUUCACGACGGCCUUUGCCAAGGGCUGGACCGAGCUUUUGCGCAUGGAGCUGCAAGAUCAGGGCUUGACCGUUGGUCAUCUUCUGCACUUGGGGCCCGCGGGCAGCGAGUGUGCGCUGGCCUUUCUGAUGUUUAUACUUGAUCUGCUGCUAUAUGCGGCCAUUGGCUAUGGAUACCAGCGCUACAAGAAAAGCAACUACAGCUUUGUGCGGGUCACUCGCGCACAGCUUGAUGCGAAGCUGGGCGCGUCCUUGACCAGCGUCUCCAAAAUGUAUGGCCACAAGCAUGCUCUGUCGAAUCUUACGGUUGACUUUGCACGCAAUCAGGUCAGCUGCCUGCUCGGGCGCAACGGCGCUGGUAAGAGUACGCUCAUCAAGUUGCUCACGGGUCAAACGGUGCAGACGACGGGCCAAGUGGUGCUCGCCGGUCAGCAUAAUGUGGGAGUCUGCUGGCAGGACAAUAUACUUAUACCCAAGCUGACGGCACGAGAGCAUCUGGAGCUUUAUGCUCAGCUCAAGAUAGACGCUGCUGAUAGCGAGUGUGUGAGCGCAAAGCAGGAGGUGCGGCGCACCUUGAAGAGUCUCAACUUCGGCAAACAUGAGAACUAUUAUGCCUAUCAGCUGUCAGGCGGCUAUAGGCGACGUCUCUGUGUAGCCAUCGCGUUCAUCGCAUCGCCAAGCGUUGUCAUCUUGGAUGAGCCCUGCAAUGGGGUCGAUGCCAAGGCGCGCAAGGAUAUCUGGCAGCUGAUAGAGCAGCUGCGUCAGGGACGUGCUGUAAUCUUUGCCACACACUUUCUCGACGAGGCCAAGUACCUCAGUGAUGCGCUCUUCAUCAUGCGCAAUGGUCGCAUCAUUGCCCAGCACAGCCGAGACUCGCUGCAGCGGCUCUGCACCUCGGAUUAUAGCAUGGAGAUGCGCUGCAUUGAUCCCAAUGCAUCUGCUACGAUAAUACAACGGGCACAGCAGCUCCUGAACCAAAGCCAUGUGCUGCCCGGUCAGGAACCCCAACACUUGAUCAUUAGCGCUAGCUUUGCACAGAACCUGACUCCGGCUGCUGUUCAGUUUGUGGAGUUCCUGCUGGCACAGGAAGCGGCGGGUCACAUUACCGAUGUGACACUCAACAGCAGUUCCACUCUGGAGCAGGAGUUCGAGCAGCUGAAUCGCAAAGACGAAUCACUUGUGCAUGUGACGCCCUCCACAUCGAGCAUUGUCACCGGGGCCUCCGAUGUGUUCGAAAAGCCGCCUGGCUCCUGGAAACAUUUUGUGCUGCUCCUGGGCAAGCGGCGCCGUCAUCUAAUGCGCAACUAUCGCCUACUCCUGUACGUGCUGCUCCUGCCUGCCAUUUUUGAGCUUUGCGCAAUGUGGUUUGUCAGCUAUCGCUUGAACGAUGACUUUGACACGAUCCUCCCGUUGAGUCGCGCGCUCUAUCCGCAUAGUGCCCAAGUCAUGAGCGCGGAGAAGGUGACUGACUUCACAGAGAUUGUUUACGACAAUCUAACGACCGAAUGCGGAACGGCCUUUGAAUGCGGCGAAUUCACCAAUUCUCGUGACGCCUUCGACUGGGUGCUCAACAGCCUGGAUAAGUAUCGUGGUCGUCGCUAUGGCGGUUACGGUAUCAAUGGCACUGGCGCCACCGUCUGGUACAACAACAAGGGCUACCAUGCCAUGGUAGCCUGGCUGAAUGAUCUGAAUAGCCAGCUGUUGCGCAGCACGCUUGACAACUCAUCAUUUCAAAUACAAACAUUGAAUGAGCCCUGGAAGCUGGGCUUCGCCGAGCUUAGCACCAGUUCGGUGCUGCGUCAGGCUGGUGAUUCCUGCAUGGUCUUCAUACUGCUGAUCGCGUUCGGCCUAGUGGUUGCGGCUGCUUCCGUUUACCUGGUCAAUGAGCGCGUCAAUGGCGAGAAGCUGCAGCAGCGCCUAAGCGGCGUGAGCGCUACUACCUAUUGGCUGGUGGCCAUUCUCUGGGACUAUCUCAUCAUGUUGCUGGCUCUGAUCGUCUGCCUCGCGAUUGUGCUGAUCUUUAAUAUGCCCGUCUUUGUCGACCGUCAGCAACUGGUGGGCAUUGUGGCUCUAUCUCUGAUGUUUAGCUUUGCGUGCGUACCCGCCGUGCAUGUUCUGGAAAAGAUCUUCAGUGACUCGAGCAUCGCUAUUGUGUCCAUCUUUUGCGCCAACAUCAUCAUUCCAGUGGCUACCAUGGGCAUUGUGUUAAUUCUAGGAGUCGUGGGCGACGGCCCCACGUGGGACACUUGGCGCCAUGGCCUCAACAAUGCCUUCCUUAUCUUUCCUCAACAUGCACUGGGCGAUGGCCUGCUAGAGCUAUGCAAGAACUAUAUGGUCGCCGUUGUCUUCAAACGGUACGACAUUGACUCCUAUAAACAGCCGCUGGCCAGUGAUCUGCUGCAGCGUCACUUUAUAGCCCUGAUUCUGGUGGGCAUUGUCUGCCUGCUGCUGAACUGGCUCAUUGAGUGUCAUUUGCUGAGUCGUCUCUGGCAGCAAAUGGCGAGCAUCUUGGACUGCCAGUACAGGCGCGAAUUGCGCAAGCUUGGACAGCUGAAGCUCGUCAACAUCAAUAGUAUUUUUAAGAGUUGCGUCGGCGCCGGUGAGGCACUGCGGGUCGAGAAUCUUUGGCUAGCCUACCGCCGUGGACGCUAUGCCGUCCGUCAGGUUCACUUUGGCGUGCAGCGCGGUGAAUGCUUUGGGCUGCUUGGCAAGAACGGAGCUGGCAAGUCAACCAUAUUCAAGAUACUCACACGUCAGCUACUCCCAGAUGUAGGGAAUAUAUAUUUCGAGCAUCCAGGCGUUUCGUAUUGCCCGCAGAGUAAUCCACUAGAUCCGCUCCUGACUGUGAAGGAAUGCAUCCGGCUCUAUGGCCAACUGAGAGGCAUAAAGGAUGUGGACAGCCUGCUGGAACGCAUACUGGACACUUAUGAGCUCCGCAGCUUUCGGGAUGUCCAGGUAAAGAAGCUGAGCGGCGGCAAUCGACGCAAGCUGACGGUGGCUAUCAGCUGCUGCGGCUAUACGCCGACGGUGCUAAUGGAUGAGCCGACGAGCGAUAUGGAUCCGGUGACACGAUCUUUUGUUUAUCGCACUAUUGAGCAGCUGCUGGUGGCGCGACGCGCUGUGCUCUUGACCUCGCACUCUAUAUCGGAAAUAGAGCAUCUGUGCCAGCGAGUGGCUGUGCUUAAGGAUGGCCAGAUCGUGGCUAGCAACAGUCCAGCGGAGCUGAAGAGCCAGCACGGUGGCUACUAUGCCAUCAGUUGCUUCUGCGCGCCCAUUCAACAGGCCGAACUGGCCAGGAUUCUGCCUCAGUACCUGCCCGGCGCCUGUGAGCUGAUGCACUAUGCGCACAGUCUGCGCUUCAUUGUGAAAGUGUGUCAACCAAACAUCUCGGAGGUGACGAGCAGCGCUAAGCAGCCAACGCUUGCCGCACUCUUCGAAGCAGUGCGCGUGAUGGCCACCAGCUUGGAGCUACCGGCCCACUUUGCGAUAAGCCGCUGUCGCUUCGAGGCGGUCUUCGAGCGCAUCCUCGACAACUGUGAGUCGGUUUCCAACGGCAGUUCCGAUCUGCUCUCGAAGUCAGCGGCAGUCAGCGGAUCCCUGGAAACGGGCUAUGUACACUGCGGCUACGAUGAGACCACGACCUAGACCUGA